AGUGGUCGGUGGUGUUUGCAGAGGAUGGGAGCAGCAGGAGCAGCAGGAGGAGCAGGAGGAGGAGGAGGCGGUGGCAGAGCUCAGCUACCAGACGCGUGUUUCACUCUCAGCCCGGUGGAGAUGGAUGAUCCCCGGAACACGAUCCGCUGAGAUCCGACCCCAGGCCCAACACUCGCGGCUCAUUGCGGUGCCACACGUCCCGUCUGGAGGCUUGUGGAGGAAUGGGUGCGCUCCAGUCUGCAGCCGGUCAACCAGGAUAUGUUGAUCUGGCGGAGAAGACGGGAUUUUCAUUUGAACAGAUCCAAGUCCUGCAUAAAAGAUUCAAACAGCUGAGCCACAAUGAAGAAACUCUGCGGAGAGAUCACUUCAGUGGGAUCCCAGAUCUUGCGUGCAACCCAAUCCGUGCACAGAUCAUAGAGGCUUUCUUUGACAGAAGAAACUACCAUCAGAACGGAGAGGGCAUGGUGCAGGAGAUCGGCUUUGAGGAGUUCCUGGUGGUCAUGUCCCAUUUCAGGCCCCCGUCUCUGCACAUGACAGAGGAGCAGCGUGAGAACGUCAGGAGGGAGAAACUGAGAUUUUUAUUCAACAUGCAUGACACAGACAAUGAUGGGACAAUAACCUUGGAGGAAUACAGACACGUGGUGGAGGAGCUGUUAUCUCGGAGCGGGGCUUUGGGGAAGGAAACAGCGAAAAGCAUUGCAGAUGCAGCCAUGUUGGAGGUGGCCAGCAUUUCCAUGGGUCACAUGGAGCCUGAUGAAUUCUAUGAGGGGAUCACAUUUGAGCAUUUCCUGAAGUUGCUGAAUGGCUUUGAAAUUGAAUCAAAAAUGAACAUUCGCUUUUUGAACAUGGACACAUCCACCCUGUGUAUGUGACGUUGGUACGUUUAGUUAGUCAUUGACUCGGUGAAGACUCUGAGGACACAUAUCGUCGUUUUCACAAUAACAGCAACAGCCUGUUUCCUACACCAACGUUUGUCGCCUGCACUGACUAUAUGCCUUACUUAUGUUGGAAUAACUAUGCAGAUCCAAAGAAAGUAUAUAUAUUAUUAUAUAUUAUAUUAUGGAUGUUUUAGGAGUAUUUUAUUUGUCUGUAAGCAAUAACAUGAGGCACUACAUGAUAUAUUAACAAGCCUUUUAGUAGUUGGACGAAGCAAUAAUCAAAUAUCCAUGUCUGGAGUAACAGAUGGUACAACUAUGCAUGCAAAUAUGGAUGCUAGAACUGUUAGUGCCAUUAAUCAAUAGCACCCAAUAAUCAGGGAUAAAAGAGUUUGUCUUCAAAUGUAUAUGUUGAGAAAUAAUAAGACAAUAUUAAGAAAUGCCUUCACGCUGACAACGCAGCAUAUUUAAUAUGGCUAAUGCUAUGCACAUGACAUUUGCACAAUAAAAGACCCUAUGAGAAAAAGCCUGAUUGUAGUUGAUGAUGUGCAAUUCUGAUUAAAAAGGAAACAGUUGCGCUCUUGCAAGAUUAAAAAUUAUUAACAGCUCAAUCUGAUUACUUCUAAGAACUUUUAUCAGGUCACACUUUGUUUUCUCAGAAAAGUCAGUAUAUGAGUGUGAACCUGGCAUUAACCGUACACUUAGUUAAAGGUGUGAUCUGUGGUAUAUGAUCUGAUUACAAUUUUUCAGAAUUAGAACCAUCUUUUGAAGAUUUCAGGGAAGUCACAGCGCAAGGUGUUGGAGAAUAUCCUCACUUGUGAUAUUUCUAUAUAUUAAAUCAUUCAAUUAUGAGGCCAACCAGAUCCUUUUUAUUCCAACAUAACGAGUGUGAGCAAAACGUUUACAUCUUCAUCAUACCAGAAGUUUCAAGAGCUAUUUUCUUUACAGGGGGUAGAAGGGGCAAAGAUAAAAACAAUAAAUGCAAGUAAUAAUCUUCCAUACUUGUUUCAUUUCAUGGAGAGCUGCUGUUCUACUGGCCUGCACUGACUCCACAUGCUUUUGCUGUGACUGUACUGUGUUACUGCAUCUGUAUUGUUUGUUGCUUUUAUACUCACACAUUAACUAAACAUUGUCUGAACACGCAGAGUUAUAAAUGUAGAGAAUGUAAAACAGCCAGCAGCACUUCUCAUGCACUGUGACGUCAGACUCCAGCCAAGAUCUGACGUGUACUGCCCUCUGCAGGACAAAACAUACAAACCAAAUUAAAGCAUAAUGAACUUGAACCUGAUUCUUUUUGUGUGUAAUUUCAGAUUGUAUCAAA